AUGUGGGCCAAUCACGAACAAGCGGAUGUGGCUUGGCAAAUUGGUACUAUGCCGCUUAAUGAACACAAAUUUAUAUCGCUGACUGGCACUCUUGAGAUGCCUGAUGACGAAUUUGCUGUUACAAGACUGAAAUCUGGACAAACAUCAUCAUUAAUUACAGAGCCCAUUCGUUGCAUCAUUGGCCGAGCAACUCUUACCUUUAGGUAA